AUGUCUAAGCUAUGCUCAGAAGGUGCUUGUUAUGAUGAUGAUAAAGAAUUAGUUGAUAAUCUUAAGAAGUUUUACCCACAGCCACCAUCAGUCCCACUAAACACAAAAGAAAUAUUUGAUCAUUUAAAAAUUUUAUACGAUGAUGACAACUAUAUAGAGCUGGAAGAUAAUAUUGAUUUUGAUAACGACGAUAGCCAAAUAAUCAUUGAUGAUACUCGUGGAUUGUUAAAAAAAUUUCUUGAAGAUGUACUCAGAGAUACAAUCAUUUAUAUGGAGAAUGGUAAACGCAGAACAGUCACAUAUAUGGAUGUAGUUUACGCAUUGAAGAGACAAGGAAAACUUUGUUAUGGAUUUGGCAAAUAA